AUGGCCGCUGCGACUUUAAGGCUCCCUGUCCAUGGCCCUAACCAGGAGCACCGUUGCAACAAGCAUAAAACACCUCGCUAUUACGAGCUAGAAUGGCAAUACUUGGGAAUGCCAGUUGAGGACGUGGAGAAUGCCAUAGUCAGUGGUCUUCAGUAUAAUUUCUAUGCUGCUUUCGUAUCUCAACCCAUCCUCUCUCUAGAAGCUGCAGGAUAUUAUCCAUACAACGGUCUCGCUUGGGAUGAAGAAGACGGGGUAUACUUCGACCAUUCACUCUAUAUUCUCGUCGACACUGGAGUGAUAAAGAAUUGCACUACUUCCUGUCAGGAAAUCGAUUUGUCUAUACAGCUAGGUGACUGUUACCCGAGCGUAAAAAGCUUCCGCGCGGGUGGACUCCGAUUCUACAAUACAUACAGUGUUCCACUUGAAGACAAAAAAACAGUAUUCGAUCGUGUCUAUCAAAGGCAAAAACAUAUACAAUCCUGGAAAGAAGAAAUGCUGGGAAGCCCAGUGGUUAAGUCCGUACAGUACUGGCGGGUGAAGUCAGGCGAGGUCAUGACGGCGGUGCGGAGCGCAUCAAGAGUGCAGUGCGGCCAAAUGUUUUAUGACGGCGACAGAAGGAUUGAGGCCAGUUCUCAAUCGGCGGCUCAGCAGGCCGAUUUGAUACUCGUCAGCGGUCGAUACAGAACGCGAGGGAAGGAAAUCAACAAGUGCUUUCUCUUUAACGGGACUUAG